AUGCCACACGCCCUCUUCCCCAACCACGUCGCAGUCCGCGAGAUUGAUCUCAGCGAGAUCUCCUGUCUCGAGAGUGACCCCGGGCACCGCCCCAGAGCCAGCCUGAACUACACACCCAUCCCCGACGCCACUUUCCUCGAACUCCUGACGGCCGCGUUCAACAGGCACGCUUCUGCAAGCAUGAUGCUCGAACUGAGUAAGCACGAUGACGCGGGAUGCACCGAUUUAGCAACUUCGACUAAUGCCCGGUGUUCGAACANNGACUGUGACCGGAUCCGCUUCGUUGGCGGUUUGCCCAGAGGGUUUGCUGCUUUUGCUGCUCCUCCCAAGCCAGGCAGACACACCGACAGAUACAUCUUCGGCCAUCACGAAGGCAAAAGCAACUUCUACAAGACUGACAAGACCUUCCGCUCGCUAUCCACGUUUGUUCCUCAUGUCUUCUGGAUCAUUGUGGAUCAGAUUACUCCACUCAACAUACCCAGAGGUUGUUUGUGUGAGGUUUGUGCCCAGAACAACACCAAGAUUUGA